AGUCCUGGAUUUGAUGCCGUCCUUCGGCCAGUAGACUUCUGGCGGUCACACGCCGCACGUUUUUAUCUUGCUUUUUUUAAUCCGCCAGCACAAUGUGGUUGUUGAUGAGCUCGGGACCACCUUAAAGAGCACCUUCCUCUGAUCCACAUUACAGGUGGAUCGUAUAGAUCUAUCGCAUGUGCGGAGAGGGAAGUUUACCUCCACCGACCCGAGGCUAGAGGCGGAUAAUACAACGGCAGUUUAUACGUCAUGAUGCUCUGAGGCCACUGCAUGAGGCCGCCUGGGCGAACAUGAUGGAGGAGGCUGCCAGCCAGCUUGAAAGAGAUCAUGUACACAAUGUCUAUGACAAGAUUGCCCCAUAUUUCAACGACAGCCGCUAUAAAGCCUGGCCGAAGGUACGGCAGUUCCUCCUGGAACUGCAGCCUGGGAGCAUCGUUGCUGACAUUGGUUGUGGUAAUGGUAAGUAUCUCCACAUCAACAAGGACGUGUUCAAGCUGGGGUGUGACGUUUGUCGCCCACUGGUGGAUUUUGCCUGGAGCCAAGGACAUGAGGUCCAGAUGUGCGAUGGGCUGCAUUUGCCUUACAGAGACAGCUGCUUUGAUGCUGUGCUUUCUAUUGCAGUCAUUCAUCAUCUGUCCACCAAAGAGCGUCGUAUUCGAGCAAUAAAGGAGAUGGCUCGCACUCUGCGAGUGGGCGGACGCAUUAUGAUCUACGUGUGGGCCAUGGAGCAGAAAACUAACAACAGCAGCCCAGUGUCUUUAGUCCAGGAGUGUGGCUCUCUGGCUCUACCAGAUCUAGUCUCCUUGCAGGGGGAGGACCUAAAGCAGUCUGGAGAUGAAAAAGAUGGAGGGCUGCUGGGAGAAGAGCUGCAGGAAAGCACACAGAGUCCUCAGGGGAGUGAAGGGCAGGUGGAAGGCUCCUGCUUGAGGUACUACCACGUCUUCAGGGAGGGCGAGCUGGCAGAGCUGAUAGCGAAUCAUGUCGAAGAACUUCAUGUGAAACACACCUACUUUGAUCACGCCAAUUGGUGUGUGGUGGCAGAGAAAGUUCAGGUAUGGAAAAUAUGACCGGAACUUGUCGUAUUUGAGUUCACUUUGCAUCGCCUCUGCCUCAAGUUUUAGCACUGAAUUCCACAUGUGAGAAUAAUGACAUUCUUUUCAUUUAAAUGUGCAAAUGUAGCCAUUGUUGAAGGUCUAGGUAACACUAACAUUCUCCAGUGCUGUAAUUCUCUCAUGAACUAUUUAAAAAUGAGAUUUUUAUCCAUGUAUUUAUUUAUUUAUUUUAUCCUGGAACCAGCUAUAUGUCAGACCUUUUGGAAAGCAGCAAAUAGAUAUUUUAUGGAAGUGUUCAACCGUGGCCGUUACUGUAUGCUGUACCAGAUUUUUUUUAACUAUUUAUUCUUUUUCAAUAAAUCUACAGUGUAUCUUUUAGAGUCAGUGUUUUGUUAUUUAACCCUAGUGGGCUGCAUCACAGCUAUUGAUUUGUAUUUUAAAAUAACAUUUUUUCUCUUUGUGCUUUAAAUAUGAGCAAAAGAGAAAUGUACAAAGCUACAGCAUACUCUUCCCUCUGCUGUUAUCUUUUAAUAUAUUGAUUUCAGUAGAGAAUUCUUUCUUUCUUUGUGUCUGACCGUUUCAAAAUCGCAUGCUGCUUAUCUCUCAUUAAAAGGAGCCAAAUUUGCAGCUAGUAUCAGCUGCGGACUUCUUGGUAACGCUUCCUGUGAAACUGCUCGUGCGUACUUUUUCAUUGCACUCUCAUACAAGUUUAAAAUUGUGCAGAAUCUCUGCCGAAACAUUAGUGCCAUUUUCUUGUUGUUUUACUCUACAAGUGUUCCAGACAACAUGUCGCCAGUGUGUCUGUAUGUGCGCGCCCUUGAUGUAGAUAUUUGCAAUAGUGGCAUUGUGUCUUCUAACAAUUUGGUAUGUCUCAGCAAAUCAGAAAACUGCCUCAUGUACUGUGAAUAAACAUUGCACUCUAUCACAAGUAUAUCGCUGCUUGAUGUCAGUGAAUGACAUAAUAGGUGAGACUUGAAAAACUGUUUAUAUCCAUUGUGGUGCAUUUCUUUAUCUGUAUAGUUUUUGUGGACCAACUAGGUUUGUCUUAAAAGUGGCAAAUGUCUUGUGUGAGCUGAUGUAAAUACUUUGUUUUGGGUUUUUUUUUAUUAAAUUUGUUUUUGUUCA